AGACCAUUCAUCCUCUAGUCUACACCUUAGCCAAGACGCCUGGGCCCUGCCCUGUCACACCUUGUGGUGUUGCCGGUCAGGCAAGUUAAAUGUUAACUAGAGGAGAGAGGCUUAAUGAGUGUCUGACUCCCUGCCCUUACAACUGAGCACACCGUCCAGGCAGCACCAACUGUUGAGAAUUGGUCCCCACCCAGCUAUGCUGUGGACCAGUUUGCCAAGGCAGCUUGUAGGCAGGGUGCUGCCAGUCCUGGGCGCAGUGCUGUUCCAGAAGAGAGAAAAAAGGGGAUUUCAGCUAAGACAUUGGCAGCGUGAGAUCUACCCGCAUUAUGACCUUCAGGUGAAAGUGGUGAGAGCCAGAAACAUCAAAGGCACCGACCUGUGGUCUGAGGCAGACUGCUUUGUGGAAGUAAGACUCCCUACAUCCUCGCCAUUCGCUUCUCGGACAAAGGCGGUUCCCAAUUGCAGCAAUCCAGAGUGGAAUGCAACGUUCCACUUUCAGAUCCACAAGGCUGUGAAGAACAUACUGGAGCUUACCCUCUAUGAUGAAGAUGUUCUUCAGAAUGACUCGCUGGCCUCAGUUAUGUUUGACCUUGGGGGCUUGGAGCCUGGCCAUUCCCACAGUCACACCUUUCUGUUCAAGGACAAACAGGAACUGCAAGUGGAAUUUCUCCUGGAAAAAGGAAAUGUGCCUGCCUCUGAAGUUAUUACUAAUGGGAUCCUGGUGGCCCAUCCCUGUCUGAGAAUCCAGGGCACCAUAGAAGAAAAGGCUAUUGCCCUGUGGCAGGAAGGUGGCAAUAGAGUGAUGCAAGUGUCAGUACCUGGGGCCUAUGAGAAGACACAGUCCUUUCCCAAAUAUCCACCUCAAGAGGAGGGCUCUCCAAACACCUUCAUCUUUCAUGUGAACCCUAUCCUGCAAUCCAAGCUGAACAUAGUUUUGCAGCAGAAUCCUGAACUGGAGACCCAAACCAGGAUACUGGGUAGAGAGGAGAUACCCCUUUCCUCAUUGCCCCUGGGCCAGGAAGUGCAACAUUUGGUGACUCUGGGAGAGGGGUUUGAGCUGAAUUUGAGCCUCAAGGCAGAAGUAAGUUCCAGGGAUCUUGAUCUUCGCCUUGGUUUUGACCUGUGCAAAGGGGAGCAAAUGUUCCUGAACAAGAGGAAGCGGGUGGUGUCGAAGGCUCUACAGAAGGUGCUGGAAUUGAAUGAAGCCCCCCAGAAUGAUCAGGUACCAGUGGUGGCUGUGCUGGGCACUGGGGGUGGGACCAGAGCCAUGACAUCCCUGUAUGGCAGCCUGACUGGGCUACAGGACCUUGGUUUCCUGGAUACUGUGACCUACCUGAGCGGGAUCUCGGGUUCUACCUGGUGCAUGUCCACCAUCUACAAAGACCCUGCUUGGUCCCAGACAUCACUGCAGGGCCCAACGAGGCAAGCAAGAAACUUCAUGUGCAGCAGCAAAACAGGAGCCUUCUCGUCUGACCAGUUGCUCUAUUAUGGCCAGCAGCUGAUGGCCCGAGAGAAAAGUGGCCUCCACGUGUCUCUUAUCGACCUUUGGGGUCUCCUUAUUGAGUAUUUCCUGCAUCAGGAGGAAAACCCAGUCAAGUUGUCUGACCAGCAGGCAGCAGUUGUUCAGGGUCAGAAUCCCUAUCCCAUCUAUGCAGGCAUCAACGUUCACAGGAAUGUGUCCAGCCAGGAUUUUGCAGAGUGGUGUGAGUUCACUCCCUAUGAGGUUGGCUUUCCCAAAUAUGGGGCCUUUGUCCCCACAGAGUUAUUUGGCUCCAAAUUCUUCAUGGGGCGGCUACUUAAGUCUUGGCCAGAGCCCCGGAUCUGCUACCUGCAGGGUGUGUGGGGUAGUGCCUUUGCUAUCAACCUGGAUGAGAUCUUCCAGAGGACAAUUGGCUCUUGGAUCAGCUUCCUGGACUCUCAUAGGAGUAGCAUUAAUGAAAAAGAUGACUGCGAGACCCUACAGCUGCUUGACCCUGCCGGGUUAAAGACGCAGCUCUAUGUCCCACAAGGCAUUUUCACCCAGACCGUUUUGGAUAUCUUCACCUCCCGCUUCACUUCUGGAGAAAACUUCAAUUUUAUCCAAGGACUUUACCUGCAUGAGCACUACACUGAGAGCAAGGAAUUUUUAACUCGGAAAGAUGCUCUUCCCAAUAAACUAACACCCAUGAGAGAGUGUCUCUACCUAGUAGAUGGAGGCUUUGCCAUCAACUCUCCAUUCCCACUGGUGCUGCUGCCUCAGAGAGAUGUGGAUGUCAUCUUGUCCUUCGACUACUCCUUGCAAGAUCCAUUCACGGUCCUGAAGCUGACUGAGAAGUACUGCCAAGAUCGAGACAUUCCCUUUCCUCGGAUAGAGUUGAAACAUGAGGACCUGUCAGAGCCCCAAGAGUGCUAUGUGUUUGAUGAUGCAGAGGACCCCCGAGUGCCCAUUGUCUUACACUUUCCCCUCGUGAAUCGCACAUUUCAAAAAUACAAGGCACCAGGCAUGGAACGAGAGACACCAGAGGAGAAAGACUUUGCCAACUUUGACAUAAAGGACCAGAAUUAUGGAAUGAUGAACUUCACUUACCAGCCAAACGAAUUUGAUCGACUCGUGGAACUGAACAGAUACAAUGUCCUGAACAACGCAGAAGUUGUAAGGUCUGCUCUACGCAAGGCCCUGCAGCGGAGGCAGGCUGGGAGAAGAGGAUCCCUUGAAGGCUCCAGUGAGCUACUGGGGACCAGCCUCAGCAGCUCCACAGCCCAAGAAGCUUAAACUGCCUUAGCCUGGAAGCUUAGUUGGAGUAGAAUCCUCUUCUUGAAUACCUCUCCCUCUAUGAGGCAGAGACUCCUAUUUCAUCUCUCCAGGGACUGGUAGAGAUUUUCAAACUGCUUUGAAAAUAGAAGAUGGCUGUGUACAUAUAAUGU